AAUAAUGAGAUAUUUUUAGAAUCAAUUGGAAAACUUUAUAACGCAGGAUUGCAGCCACAGAUUGCAAAUCUUUAUCCGAUAGUAGAAUUUCCUGUAAGCCGCGGUACCCCAAUGAUUUCUCCUCUUAUAAGAUGGGAUCAUUCCAAAGAUUUCUACGUAUUUCGACAUAGUGAGCGAAAAAUAAUUGACACAAGAGAAAUACAUAUCAAUAUUGAUAUAACUGAUGUGACAUUUGUGUAUUUAACGGGUCAUGUCAUUAACGAAAAAAAUUUAUUUCCGGCUACGGGAUAUCUUUUCCUUCUUUGGGAGAUGAUUGCUUCGUUAGAAAAACAAGAAUAUAUUAAUGUGCCAGUUGUAUUUGAGGACGUUAAUUUUAUUCGUGCUUCUGUACUAACACAGCAUAAUAUGGUCAACUAUACUCUUUCAAUCCAAAAAGAUAGCAACAGGUUCGAAAUAAUCGAAAGAGAUAGUACUAUUGUUACUGGAAUAGUACGAAUUCCAACCAAUAUUAAAAAUGAAACAAUAUCUGCUAAUCUUGCGGAAUAUGUCGAUGAUAAAGAAGAAAUGAGUACUAAAGACAUCUAUAAAGAAUUAAAGCUUCGUGGUUAUCAAUACACCGGCGUAUUUCAAGGAUUAAAGAGCUCAUCGGUUACGGGAUCAAACGGUCAUAUCGCUUGGACAUCUAAUUGGGUGGCAUUUAUGGAUAAUAUGUUACAGAUGAUGAUUUUAGGACAGAAUUCAAGGAGCCUUUUGGUUCCAACAAGAAUUCGCAAACUGACAAUCGAUCCAAAAUAUCACAUACAGCUAAUUCGAGAUUAUGUGAUUGAAGAAAGACAAUUUUCUGUUCGUUAUUAUAAGUCUCUAAACGCUGUGAUAUCUGGAGGAAUAGAAAUUUGUGGGAUUGUGGCUACACCUAUACCUCGCCGACAAAAAAUAGUUAAUACCGUACUUGAAGAAUACAAAUUUGUUGCUCAUCGUGAUUUAAGAACUAUGUCAUUACAAGAUGCAAUAAGAAUGUUAGUGCACAUCGCACUCGAAUGUUACAAUAUGACAAAAGUUAAAAUUAUCGAAUUUGUCGAUGAUAGUGAUAAAGUGACACCAGAAGAUUUAAAUUCUCCAGUUGUUAAUGAAAUCUUAAAUGAUUUACCGCAGAUUCGACAUCACAUCAGACUUGUGACGACCUACGACAAAUUCUCAAACAUCUCUUUACCCAACAACGUUUCUACAACGGAGAUUAUUAAGUUGUCGAGAGACGAAAAUUGUUUGAUAGUCAUUGGUUUUAAUAUUUUGACAAAAAAUAGCAAAAAAUUAUAUGAACAGUUAUUGUCUCUGUUAACGCCGCAAGGUUUUCUACUGACUCUGGAGGAAUCCGGUUCGGUCUACGAUUAUUCAUGUCUGAAAACGUAUCAGUUGGAUGUCAUACUGGAGAAACAAAUAAAUAAAAAGACAUUUUUACUAUUAAGAAAAACGCGAAAUAUUGCGAGAAAUCAGCGGAUUGUACACGUAAACAAUUAUAAGUUUACGUGGGUAGAUGAACUGAAAUCAAUUAUGAGUGGGCAAAACGAAACUGGUGUAGAUACGGAGAUAAUACUUGUUUCGGAAAGAGACUUUGAAUGCGGGCUACUCGGUCUUAUUAAUUGUUUACGAAAAGAACCAGGAGGCGAAAUAAUUAGAAGCGUAUUUAUUCAAGAUAACAAAGCGCCUGGUUUUUCUUUGCAAGAACCAUUGUACAUGAAGCAGUUGCAAUUGGAUCUACCUAUCAACAUUAUACGUUCCGGCAAUGUUUGGGGAUCAUACAGGCAUUUGCCAUUACCAUUGUUGAAAUCUAAACUUGUUCAGAGCGCUUACGUUACACAGAUGGUACAAGGAGAUCUAAGUACUCUCUGCUGGGCACAGAGCAGAAUGUCUCGCAUCAACCAUGAAAACCUCGUUGAUGUAAUUUAUACAUCUGUAAAUUUUAGAGAUGUCAUGGUAGCGACUGGUAGACUCAACGCUGAAACUAUCGCACCGUUCGAACGCGGUAACGAUUGUUUUAUCGGCAUGGAAUUCGUUGGCUUUAACACGCAUAAGCAAAGAAUUAUGGGAUUAUGUUCGCACGGAGGAAUGACGAACAUUCUCGUGGCUGAUAAGUAUCUCAGUUGGAUUAUACCUGACAAAUGGACAAUGGAAGAUGCAGCAACGGUUCCGGUUGUGUAUUGUACGUGCUAUUAUGCAUUGUAUGUGAGAGGUAAAAUGAAAAAAGGGGACAAAGUCUUGAUCCCUUCUGGUACUGGAGGUAUUGGUCAAGCGGCAAUCCAUCUUGCGCUUUACGAAGGUUGCGAAGUGUUUACGACAGUUGGAACAGUCGAGAAACGGCAAUUUAUAAGAGAAACGUUUCCUUCUAUUCCCGAAGAUCAUAUCGGAAACUUUCGAGAUACAAGCUUUGAACAAAUGAUUAUGCAGCAUACAAGAAAUUGUGGAGUGGAUAUCGUAUUGAAUUCCUUAGCUGAAAAGAAAUUGCAGGCAUCUGUUUGCUGUUUAGCAAAUGGUGGCCGUUUUUUGGAAAUUGGAAAAUUUGAUAUGGUUUCCAAUAAUUCUUUGAACAUAUCUAUCUUUUCCAAAGGUAUCAGCUUUUAUAGUAUUUUAUUAGAUAAAUUAUUUUAUUCAAACGCAGAACAAAAGUCAAGAUUGUGGGCGAUAAUAACAGAAGGUUUAGAAAAUGGCGCUAUUAAACCGCUGUGUAGAAAAGUCUUUGAGAGAAAUGAAGUAGAAGCAGCCUUUAGAUAUAUGGCCGCUGGAAAACAUAUCGGCAAGAUAAUAGUAAGAGUUCAUAAAGAGGAAGAGUCUUUGGACACUCCAUUACUCGCUCAUCCACGAUAUUAUUGCCUAGAACAUAAAUGCUACAUUAUUUUGGGAGGAUUUGGGUUAGAGCUAGCAGAUUGGUUGACUCUUCGAGGUGCGAAAAAUUUGGUUUUGACAUCACGAACCGGGAUUAGAACAGGUUAUCAGCAAUCGAGAGUAAAACUGUGGCGAUCUUACGGUGUGGAUGUACAGAUUGUUACAGUCAAUGAUACUUUGAAUCAUGAAGACUGUGAAUCUAUAUUAAAAUUUGCUGAGGAAAAAGCACCAGUGGAUGCUAUAUUUAAUCUUGCAGUUGUUUUAAAAGAUUGUAUAUUUCAAAAUCAAUCGACGUAUACGUUCGAGGAUUCAUUCAAAUCAAAAGCAUGGAUGACGAAGAAAAUGGACAAAUUGUCGAGAACAAUAUGUCCACAACUUCGACAUUUUGUCGUUUUUUCCUCCGUCUCAUGUGGAAAAGGAAAUGCAGGCCAGACAAAUUAUGAGAUGGCUAAUUCCGUAAUGGAAAGAAUAUGCGAAAAUAGGAUGGAAGAAGGAUUACAUGGUUUAGCAAUACAAUGGGGUGCUGUUGGCGAUGUUGGACUCGUUGCAGAUAUGCAAGAAGACAACAAAGAACUUAUUAUUGGAGGUACAUUGCAACAACAAAUAUCCUCUUGUUUGGAUACGUUGGAGAUAUUUUUGCUCCAAGACCACCCUGUCGUAAGCAGUAUGGUUGUUGCUGAAAAAGCAAAAAUUGAUGGAUCAAUGAAUAUUUAUGAAACAGUUGCUCACAUCAUGGGAUUGAAGAACAUAAACACAGUGCCACCAAACGUAUCACUAGCCGAAAUGGGUAUGGAUUCGAUGAUGGCGGUUGAAAUUAAGCAAACAUUGAAAAGAGAGUUUGAUAUUUCCUUGACAACUCAAGACAUUAGAACUCUAAAUUUUGUUAAACUUAAACAAAUGACAAAUACGACCGAACAAGGAGUUAUACAUGACACAAAGAAAAUCGAUACUAGUAAUUUGGAAGGUUUCAACAUACUGAUUCAAAAAAUAAAGGAUUCAGACUUUCUUCCAGAUAUUCUAGUAGAACUUGAUACAAAAAAGGAGAUUGGUCGAGACAAUAUAUUUCUCUUACCAGGAAUCGAAAGAUGUUCAAGUAUAUAUAAAUCUAUAGCAUCAGGAAUUAAAUCUUCGGCAACGUGUUUGCAACAUGGUGUACUUAAUAUUCCCAAAAGUUGUUCAGUGAUGAAGUCAGCCGCUUAUUUGCUGCCUCACAUAUUAAAGAAAAUGAAAGAUCAAAGGAAAUUUCUAAUAGUGGGCUAUUCGUACGGAUCCUUAAUUGCCAUUGAAUUAGCAAGAUUAUUAGAAGCUAAAGAUUUCUCAGGACGGUUAAUACUAAUAGACGGAGCUCCUGACCAAGUAAAAAUUUUGGUUAAUCAAUAUUUUUACUGUGCUUCACUAGAAGAGUUACAAAAUACAGUUUUACUUGGUUUAUUGGGAACGUAUGCUACAAUUAACAAAAAAGCGAUUGCGUUAGAACUGAAUAAAUGUAACACGGUGGACGAAAAAUUAAAAGUAUUUCAUGCUUACUUCCCGAAGGAUAUAAAUGUAUUGACCAUCGAACAUCAAAAGCUUAUAUAUUUCACAAUUUACAAUCAUAUCGUCGCUGUACAGGAUUACGAUAUUUCAUCAUUACCUCGCCUUAAAUCAUCUAUAACAUUGCUAAAACCCACAUUUCCGAUUGCAUCUUUUACUGAAGAGGAUUAUGGUUUACAUAAGGUUACCGAAGGUAAAGUGCAAAUUCAUUAUGUGGAAGGUAAUCAUAUCACAAUGAUGGACAACGACGAAAUCAUAUCAGUUAUUAACGAAGAAUGGAUAGAAGAUAAUAUAAUACAAUAAAUAUAUAUAUAUAUACAUAUAUAUACUUUAUCGGGACGCGGUAACAUUAAAACAAAAUAUUUUAAAGAUAUUGUAUAUCAGAAAAUAAGAUGUCUUUCUGAUAAUGUUAUCCUACAAUACGUUUUUAACAUUUAAAAUAAGCAUGUAUAAAAAAAUAUGUACGCUUAAAUUUUUAUGUUUAACAAUAUAUUUCGAGAAGUGAAGAAUCUAAUUAAUUUUAGACAAUUAUGCUUUUUUUAUGUUUUAGAAGGAUUAUAUCAUAAUUGUCCGCAAUCGAAUUAAUUCUUCUUAAAAUAUAUUGUUAAACACAAAAAUUUAAGAGUACAUAUUUUUUUAUAUAUGGUCAUUUUAAGGUUUAAGACGUAUGAAACAACCUCUUAAGGAUAACGCUUAUAUUUGAUAGUAUUCUAAGCAAUUAUCAUGGAAACGGUAAGAUAUAUGUAAAAUGUUUUAGAAGAAACUUUUAUGAUUUAUUUAUGUACGUUAUAUAAU